CAUCUGUGUUGCAAUUAAGUACACAUUCCAUUGUUGAUAUGGAGGAGAAAGCAUACAAAUGCUCAGAGUGUGGAAAGGGUUUCACUCGCAAGGCUCAUCUUCAGCGACAUGAAAGGACCCACACGGGGGAGAAGCCCUAUGAAUGCCUGGAUUGUGGGAAGAGCUUCACCGACACUGGAAGUUUACAUUUACAUCAGAGGACUCACACUGGGGAGAAACCCUACAAAUGCCUGGAGUGUGGAAAGAGCUUCACUAAGAGUGCAAAUCUACAUUCACAUCAAAGAACCCACACUGGGGAGAAACCCUAUGCAUGCCUGGAGUGUGGAAAAAGCUUCACUCAUAGUGCAACUCUACGUUCACAUCAAAGGGCUCACACUGGGGAGAAACCCUAUACCUGCCUGGAAUGUGGAAAGAGCUUCACUCAGAGUGGGAAUCUACAUUUACAUCAAAGGACUCACACUGCUGAGAAACCUUAUAAAUGCCUGGAAUGCGGAAAGAGCUUCAUUCAGAGUGCUGCUCUAAAUUCACAUCAACUAACUCACUCAGGGGAGAAACCCUAUACGUGCCUGAAGUGUGGAAAGAGCUUUACUGAUAGUUCAAGUCUACAUAAACAUCAGAGGACUCACUCUGGAGAGAAACCCUAUACGUGCUUGGAGUGUGGACAGAGUUUUACUGACAAUGGAAGUCUACGUUUGCAUAAACGGACUCACACUGGGGAGAAACCCUAUAAAUGCCUGGAAUGUGGACAGAGUUUCACUUAUAGUUCAAGUCUACGUUCACAUCAAAGGAUUCACACUGAGGAGAAACCCUAUCCAUGCUUGGAGUGUGGACAGAGCUUCACUUGGAGUUCAGGUCUACGUGUACACCAGAGGAUUCACACUGGGGAGAAACCUUAUAAAUGUGUGGACUGUGGGCAGAGCUUCACUGAGAGUGGAAGUCUACGCUCCCAUCAAAGGACUCACACUGGGGAAAAACCUUACAAAUGCCUGGAGUGUGGACAGAGCUUCACUUGGAGUUCAAGUCUACGUUCGCAUCAAAGGACGCACACUGGGGAAAAGCCCUAUGAAUGCCUGGAGUGUGGAAAGAGCUUCACUGAGAGUGGAAGUCUGCGUUCCCAUCAAAGGACUCACACUGGGGAGAAAACCUAUAGAUGCCUGGAGUGUGGACAGAGUUUCACUCAUAGAUCACGUCUAUGUUCACAUCAAGGGACUCACACUGGGGAGAAACCUUAGAAUUCCCUGGAGUGUGGACAGGGCUUCACUCAGAAUGGAAGUCUACCUAGACAUCAAAGGACCCACACUGGGCAGAAACCAGUGGUUCUCCACCUGUGGGUUCCCAGGUGUUUUGGCCUACCACUCCCAGAAAUUUGCCAGGUAAUAGGAGUUCUGGGAGUUGAAGGCCCCAAAAUCUGGGGACGGACCCACAGGUUGAGACCCACUGCUAUAAACACAUGUAGUGUAAAAAAGAACUUACCUGAGAGUUCAAAUUGACAUCGUAUUCACAUUGGAGAGAACAGUGGAGUUUGACCCCCGAGAGACUCUGAUGACAGAGCUUUCCAAACUUUUCAUGUUGGUGACAUACUUUUUAGACAUGUAUCCUUUCACAACAUGGUAAUUCAGUUUGUUUAUUUAUUUACUUACUUAGAACAUUUAUAUUCCUCCCUUCUCACCCCGACUCCGGGGACUCAGGGCGGAGCACAGCAUGUAUACGGCAAACAUUCAGUGCCAAGACAAGAAUUCAUUAUAUGCAUGCAUAAGCAUUAAAAACCUUUGUCUCAAUAUUAAAAUACACUGUUCCAAUCCGU